GUAGAGAAAAUGUCGAUGCAGCUGAUGAUUCCAUUGCUCCCCUGCAUUCAAUCAAGAGCCUGUGUAUGUGGUGAGGAGAAAAUGGGAUAACCAAGCUCCUCUUAACUCGCAUUCCCCAUUUUUAGGAGGUAUGAUGACAAAUCUACAUUAUAGACAUAUUGAAUCUCUCUCACCUGGAUAACCAAGCUCCUCUUAACUCGUAUUCCAGAUUUUUUACCAAGUGCUAUCAAGCAACAUACACCCCUAUCCCAGGGACAGGCGAGUUCCAGGAGAAGCCUAUUUCCAGAACAGGCAUCUCCUGGUACAUUGACAGGCGUUUUACGUCUCUACCUCUCUCUCUAAGUAAAAUAAUAUAUAUCUUGAACCCAGGUUUACAUGGGGCUUUUAGGCCUAGUUUUCGAGCCCAAAACCUCUGUCCUCCAACCAUCUACUCCAUCAUUUUCUCUCUCCAGGUCACUUCCUCCCCCUUCCUCGUUCCAUUAUCUCUCACAGAGACCACAGAACUAUACACCCUCUCUAAAACUAGUUAACCCAAUGCCUAAAGCUUUCAAAGCUUUAGCAUUUGCCCCAGAUUCAGAAAGUGGGCGCUUAAAGAACGAGGUGGAAGAGAAUUUGCAUAUUCGACGAAAGAAAUUGGCAGUUUUUGUCUCAGGAGGAGGGUCCAAUUUCAAAUCUUUGCAUGAGGCCAGCCUUCAAGGUAGAAUCCAUGGAGAAGUUUCAGUGGUGGUCACUGAUAAACCUGGUUGUGGGGGUUCAGAAUAUGCAAACGAAAAGGGAAUCCCAGUUGUUUGCUUUCCCAGGAGGUCAUCUUUACCCACUGCGUUAUCUCCAUUUGAUCUUAUAACUCGUCUCAGGGAAUUCCAGGUUGACUUUCUUCUCCUUGCUGGUUUUUUAAAGCUUGUGCCUGUUGAGCUGGUUCAAGCAUAUCCAAGAUCCAUAUUGAACAUACACCCGUCUCUUCUUCCAUCUUUUGGUGGCAAAGGAUAUUAUGGUUUGAAGGUGCACAAAGCUGUUAUUGCAUCUGGAGCCAGAUAUUCUGGUCCAACUAUACACUUUGUAGAUGAACAUUUUGAUACAGGCCGUAUCCUUGCUCAGAGGGUUGUACCUGUGUUGGCAAAGGAUACCCCAGAGGAAUUAGCUGCUAGGGUUCUUCAUGAGGAGCAUCAACUGUAUGUGGAAGUGGUCGAGGCAUUGUGUGAAGAACGCAUAGUUUGGAGGAAUGAUGGAGUGCCUCUCAUACGCAUCAAAGGCAGACAGGAUGAGUAUUGGUGACCGAGGCUGUUGAAUGUGGCUAUUUUUUGUCAGGUUUAAGGAGGCUAAUUUUUGUUUUGCUUUCCAUCCCACAGACGAGCUACCUACCCAUAAAGUUACUUUUUCAAGGGUUGUGUACUAUUUGUUAUUUUCCUUUUGGUAUUAUAUCACAAAUUCUCAUCCAAUGUUUGUCAUACGGCAACGAUGUCACUUGACCCUGUAAAUGGGGUCCUUUUUUGUAUACCCCUUACUCUUAAUACAAGUUAUCUUCUCUCAA